UGGCAGAAAGUUCUUACAAUCUUCCGAAGAAACUAAACACUACUACCAACUUCCCUAGUUCCCUUUCCUUUCUAGAAUCUUCCUACCUCCUCCACCGCCUUAAGUAGCUUAUUUGCCAAACUAGAAACCCCAACGAAUUCACUAACUGAACUGAAUCCCACUAACAACCUUUAAAUAAAUCAAGAAACGGUUACAGAAGCAGGUAAAUUAAAUGGCGGGAAGAAUGAGAGUGAAGGAGGAAGAGGAGACUGUGGUUUUGUGUGGGAGCGGACCAGGUGGUUCAUCUUCUUCAUCAAGCGUGUCACCGCAACCCAUGGAAGGGUUGCACGAUGUGGGACCACCACCGUUUCUGACGAAGACCUUCGAAGUGGUGGAGGAUCCUUCCACCGACUCCAUUGUUUCUUGGAGCAGAGCUCGCAACAGCUUCGUUGUGUGGGACUCGCACAGAUUCUCCACCACAAUCUUGCCUCGUUACUUCAAGCACAACAACUUCUCCAGCUUCGUUCGCCAACUCAACACUUACGGGUUUAGGAAAGUGGAUCCUGAUCGAUGGGAAUUUGCGAACGAGGGUUUCUUGGCAGGGCAGAAGCAUUUGUUGAGGACGAUAAAGAGGAGGAGGAAUGUGACGCAGUCGUCAACGAACAUGAUCCAGCACGGAGAAGGAGGAGGAGGAGGAAGUUGUGUUGAGUUAGGUGAGUUUGGUUUGGAAGGUGAAAUAGAGAGGCUGAGAAGGGAUAGGACGGUGUUAAUGGCGGAGAUCGUGAAGCUGAGGCAGCAACAGCACAACUCGAGGGAGCGGAUUUGUUCAAUGGAGUCAAGGUUGCAAGUCACAGAGAAGAAACAAACUCAGAUGAUGACUUUCCUGGCCAAAGCACUCCACAACCAAUCUUUCAUUCAUAACCUUUCUCUUCAGAACAGAGAAUUACAGGGUUUUGAGAUGAGCAGGAAGAGGAGAAUAACUGCUACCGCAAGUGUGGAGAAUCUGCAAUUGGAUCCUGUUGCUGUUGGAGAAGAGCAAGAGGAAUUGGAGACACUUUUGUCAAGUGCUUGCGAUAAUGAAUCAAGCAGUGAAAUGAAGGAGACUACUACUACUGCUGCUGCUGCUACCAGUGAGAAUAUAUGGGAAGAUUUGCUUAGUGAGGAUUUAGUUGGUGGGAAUCCGGAGGAUGAAGUUGUGAUUGGUGAUUACCCGCACCAAAAUCUUGAAGAUUUGGCUGCAACAAACACUGGUGAUUGGUCUGAAGACUUGCAGAAACUUGUGGAUCAUAUGGGUUUUCUUGCCUCUAAUCCAUAAAAAUAAGUGGUUGUAGAAUUAUUUGUAGUGGUAUUAUUUGUUGUCUAGAUUGGCCUCUGCAUGCAACUAGUUUCCCAUUGCAAAAUUAACAUGUUGGUGGUGGUGGUAUGCCUUCAAUUAUUUUUCUGUAGAUAGUUAUUGAUAAUGGUUUCAUUCAUUAAUUGAUUGAUUGAUGAAGAGAUGCAUGAUGUCGUUUUUGUGUGCAGCAAGGGGAAGGCUUGGUAGUUGUUGAAAGAGGCCAACACAUAAUAUUGUGCUCUUUGUUCUGUAUCCUUCUAUUAAUUCAAACUUGCUAAGUGUCUGUGAAUAUCUCAAAUAUUUCGUUCAUCUAGCUAAUUGUUCUUAAAUUCAAUUUCAAUUUCCGUGUUUGAGACUGUAACUAGAUUGUGCUUUUUGCAGGCGACGUGAGAAGAAGAUAAUUUCAAGUGAAUUGUGAUGGAGAUUGGGAGACGAAAAUGAAAAGUAAUAUUUAGUCUGCUGGAUUAUUAUCCUCAAUUAUUCUUGAUUAUUGUACAGUUCAACAUUAGUUAACAUUUCUUUGCCUAUGACAUGGUGUAAUGUAAAUCCAAUCCUGUAAUAAAUAAGCCAUUAGUCAUUAGACGACCGAUUUCAAUCCUGUAAAUCCAAUCUUGUUUGUGAUGUGUUUUUUUUCUAUUGUAUUGGGGCCCAACAUAGAGCUUGAAACAGUAUGUAAGAGUGAGGUUAGACCAUUUAUUACGUUGAGCAUUUCUUCCAUCUGUUUUCCUAGAGACCCUAAAAUAAAAGAAGGCCCAUGAUUCUUUCAGGUGA